CGGACCAGCAGCGAUCGCAGCCCAGGCGCACCGGCCUUGCAGACAGGAAGCGCGCCGGAGCGCACGAUUGGCACCAUGACCCAGACGCCCGCCUUCAACUUGCCCAAAGUGGAGCUCCACGUCCACCUUGAUGGGUCCAUCAAGCCGGAAACGAUCCUCUACUAUGGCAAGAAGAGAGGGGUCUCCCUCCCGGCCAACACAGUGGCGGAGCUACAGGACAUCAUCGGCAUGGACAAGCCGCUCAGCCUCCCAGGCUUCCUGGCCAAGUUUGAGAUCUACAUGCCUGCCAUCGCGGGCUCCCGGGAGGCCGUCAAAAGGAUUGCCUAUGAGUUUGUUGAGACGAAGGCCAAGGAGGGCGUGGUGUACGUGGAGGUGCGCUACAGCCCGCACCUGCUGGCCAACUCCAAAGUGAAGCCCAUCCCCUGGAACCAGGCCGAAGGGGACCUCACCCCGGAUGAGGUCGUGUCCCUAGUGAACCAGGGUCUGCAGGAGGGGGAACGAGACUUCAAGGUCAAGGUCCGGUCCAUCCUGUGCUGCAUGCGCCAUAUGCCCGAGUGGUCCCUGGAGGUAGUGGAGCUGUGUAAGAAGUACCGGCAGCAGACUGUGGUCGGCAUCGACCUGGCUGGCGACGAGACCAUCUCCGGCAGCAGCCUCUUCGAAGGCCACGUGAAGGCCUAUGAGGAGGCCGUGAGGAGUGGCAUUCACCGCACCGUGCACGCCGGGGAGGUCGGCUCGGCGAAUAUGGUGAAGGAGGCGGUGGACACGCUCAGGACGGAGCGGGUGGGCCACGGCUACCACACCUUGGAGGAUGAGGCCCUUUAUAGCAGGCUGCGGCGGGAAAACAUGCAUUUCGAGGUCUGCCCCUGGUCCAGUUACCUCACAGGAGCCUGGAAGUUGGGGACGGACCACGCAGUCAUCCGGUUCAAAAAUGACCAGGCUAACUACUCGCUCAACACGGAUGACCCUCUCAUCUUCAAGUCCACCCUGAACACCGAUUACCAGAUGACCAAGCAGGACAUGGGCUUCACCGAAGAGGAGUUUAAGAGGCUGAACCUCAACUCGGCGCGGUCCAGUUUCCUCCCCGAGAACGAGAAGAAGGAGCUGGUGGAUCAGCUCCAGAAGGCCUAUGGACUGGCCCCCUAGCCUCUGAAGGAAAGGCCGGACUGCGGUGCUCAGCGGGAGCACGGGCCUCAGCGUGGACACACCACUCCUCCCACUAGGAUCCUGGCCAGGACCGAGGGAGGCCCUGGCCGACCGGCUCAGCUGAAUCAGGAACAACCCCCCCUCCUCUGGGGACCUCAGAAUCUGGUGCUUAAUAAAGAUGCAGAUACAAUGA